GUCUCGACUUCUCGGCCAAGAUGAAGUCCAAGGUGCUGCUUAUGGGCAAGUCGUCGGCCGGAAAGACGUCCAUGCGGUCCAUUAUCUUUGCCAACUACAUUGCCCGCGACACCAUGCGUCUUGGUGCUACCAUCGAUGUGGAGCACUCGCAUGUCCGGUUCCUGGGCAACCUGGUGCUCAACCUUUGGGACUGCGGAGGACAGGCGUCGUUCAUGGAGAACUACUUUACGUCGCAGCGGGAGCACAUUUUCAAGAACGUGGAGGUGCUCAUCUACGUGUUUGAUGUGCAGUCGGACACCAAGUCGGACGACAUUGCCGAAUACACGUCGUGCCUGGAGGCCAUUCGCGAGUUCUCGCCGGACGCCAAGGUCUUCUGCCUGGUGCACAAGAUGGAUCUCAUUCCUGUCGACCAACGCGACGCGGUGUUUGCCGAGCGGUCCGAGGAGCUGCAGGUGCUCUCGGAGGGCCUCUCGAUCGCUUGCCACCCGACGUCGAUCUGGGACGAGACGCUGUACCGGGCGUGGUCAGCGAUUGUGUACUCGCUCAUUCCGAACAUCUCAGUCCUCGAGGCGCACCUAGAGAACUUCUGCGAGAUGUGCGAGGCCGACGAGGUGGUGCUCUUUGAGCGUGCGACAUUCCUGGUCAUCUCGCACGCCACCCGCAAGACUCACCACGAUGAGCACCGGUUCGAGAAGAUCUCGAACUCACUCAAGUCGUACAAGCUCUGCUGCUCCAAGUCGAUGACGCAGUUUGACUCGAUCGAGAUCCGCAACUCCAAAUUUGCAGCCUUCCUCGACAAGUUCACCUCGAACACCUGCAUCAUGGUCAUCAUGUCCGACCCCACAGUCUCGCCCACCGCCAUGGACAUCAACAUUCAGGUGGCAAAGUCGCACUUUGAGGCCUAUGUCUCCAUCCGCAAGUAAACCCAGUCCCAGCCCA